CCUGUUCGUAUGGUUUUGUCUUGUGCUGGUGGGGGAUUUAAUCAUGAUACUCUUCACAGAAUUGCCGAAAAACAUUUUGGGCAUCUUAGCAAUAGUUAUGACCGCAAAGUUCCUUCUGGAUUUUUACCAACAAGCCGUUCUGGAUUAGAUUAUAUCCCAGCACCUCGCAUUCGCUUUACCGGUUCAGAAUUUCUUUAUCGUGAUGAUAGUUAUCCUUAUAUGUUUGGCGCUUUGGCUGUUGAAGGAGUAUCUAGAGGACAUAUGGAUUAUUUACCUUUGGAGGUUGCCAAAACUUUCUUUGGACAGUGGGACAAAACUUAUGCGGCUUCGUUAAACGCCCCUUCAUUACUUAUCCAAAAAGCGGCAGCAGAAGAGGAAAUGUUGGGAUUUGAGGCUUUUAAUAUUUCUUACAAUAAUACUGGACUUUUCGGCGUUUAUUUUGUCUUUCAUGGAGAAUUAAUUGAGCCUUGUUGUAAUGCAAUGAGUACAUUGUUGCAUCCUUUUAGAUACAUUUCAACAAGUAUAACUGAUGAAGAAACUGAAAGGGCGAAGAAUGCGUUAAAAACAAAUUUAUUUUCAAAUUUGGAGACAAACACCCAAAUUGCUAAUUAUAUUGCUACUGAGGUGUUGAGUACCGGAAAGAUAACUCCUCUAUCCGAACUUGAACGCAAAAUUUCGUUUAUUAGUGCGGAUACUGUUCAAGCUGCAAUGAUGGACCAUGUUUAUGAUCGAGAAAUUGCAUGCGCGGGAACUGGCAAAGUAGAGGCAUGGCCAAUAUAUCAAGAAAUGCGUGCUUCGAUGAGUUGGUGGCGUUUAUAG